AUCCGCUCCGGCACCAGGUAGCCAGCGGAGGAGGAGGAGGUGGCGCGGCGCUGCUGCAGACCAGCGCCGGGAGCAGGCGGCAAGGGGAAGCCGGCUUUAGGGACCGGGAGCUGGGGGGGUGGCGUGGGGAGGAAAGGAGAAGGGACCCCCCCGGGCACCCCGAUUCUAGGGGCUGGGGGACAGAGGGCAGUCCCCCCUCCCGGUGUCAUCCGCAUCCUUCAUUGACGUGGAUUUGGGGGUCCUUUUAAAAAGUGGGGGGGAAGCGCCCUCAUCGAUCCAAGGGACAUUUUUUUUUUGCCUUCUCCCGUAUUAUUAUUUCCCCCUAACUGGACGGAGGUGAGAGCCUCCUCCAUCGCUCCAGGCUGCAGCCAUGGGGAACCGAGGGAUGGAAGAUCUGAUCCCCUUGGUCAACCGGCUCCAAGAUGCUUUCUCGGCCAUCGGCCAAAAUGCCAACCUGGAUCUGCCCCAGAUCGCCGUGGUGGGGGGCCAAAGCGCCGGGAAAAGCUCCGUCUUGGAGAAUUUCGUCGGGAGGGACUUCCUACCCCGUGGGUCUGGCAUUGUAACCAGGCGUCCCUUGGUCCUCCAACUUGUUACCGCCAACACAGAAUAUGGUGAGUUUCUACACUGCAAAGGGAAAAAGUUCACUGACUUUGAUGAGAUCCGUCAAGAGAUCGAAGCGGAAACUGACAGGGUUACCGGAUCUAACAAGGGGAUCUCUCCUGUCCCCAUCAACCUACGAGUCUAUUCUCCUCAUGUCCUGAGUCUGACCCUAGUAGAUCUACCUGGGAUGACCAAGGUUCCUGUUGGAGACCAGCCUGCCGACAUUGAAUUCCAAAUCCGUGAAAUGCUCAUGCAGUUUGUCAGCAAGGAGAACUGCCUCAUCCUUGCUGUCUCUCCAGCCAACUCAGAUCUGGCCAACUCUGAUGCUCUGAAGAUUGCAAAAGAAGUUGACCCUCAAGGUCAACGUACCAUUGGAGUUAUCACCAAGCUGGAUCUGAUGGAUGAAGGAACUGAUGCUAGAGAUGUUCUAGAAAACAAGCUGCUUCCACUACGAAGAGGUUACAUUGGCGUGGUGAACAGGAGCCAGAAAGAUAUUGAUGGGAAGAAAGAUAUUCAGGCUGCACUGGCCGCAGAGAGGAAAUUCUUCCUCUCCCACCCGGCAUACAGACACAUGGCUGAUCGCAUGGGUACACCUUACCUGCAGAAAGUACUUAACCAGCAACUGACCAAUCACAUCAGAGACACACUGCCAGGCCUGCGAAACAAGCUCCAAAGCCAGCUUCUCUCUAUUGAGAAAGAAGUAGACGAAUAUAAGAACUUUCGCCCCGAUGACCCUGCCCGCAAAACCAAAGCUUUGCUUCAGAUGGUUCAACAGUUUGCUGUGGACUUUGAAAAGCGCAUUGAAGGUUCUGGGGAUCAGAUCGAUACUUAUGAAUUAUCUGGAGGUGCUAGGAUCAAUCGCAUCUUCCACGAGCGAUUCCCCUUUGAGCUGGUGAAGAUGGAAUUUGAUGAGAAGGAGCUCCGAAGAGAGAUCAGUUACGCCAUUAAGAACAUCCAUGGCAUCAGAACUGGUCUCUUCACGCCCGACAUGGCCUUUGAGACCAUUGUGAAAAAGCAGGUGAAGAAGAUUAAAGAGCCUUGCCUGAAAUGCGUGGACAUGGUCAUUUCGGAAUUAAUCAAUACCGUUAGACAGUGCACCAAGAAGCUCAGCCAGUAUCCUCACCUGCGGGAGGAAAUGGAGCGCAUUGUUACGACUCAUAUCCGCGAGCGAGAGGGAAGGACCAAGGACCAGGUUAUGCUCCUGAUAGACAUUGAACUGGCUUACAUGAACACAAACCAUGAGGAUUUCAUUGGGUUUGCCAAUGCUCAGCAAAGGAGCAGCCAGAUGAGUAAGAAGAAAACAGCGGGUAAUCAGGAUGAGAUCCUGGUAAUCCGUAAGGGCUGGCUCACCAUUAACAAUAUUGGCAUCAUGAAAGGCGGCUCCAAAGAGUACUGGUUUGUUCUGACAGCAGAGAAUCUUUCCUGGUACAAAGAUGAUGAGGAGAAGGAGAAGAAAUACAUGUUGCCAGUGGACAACUUGAAGGUGCGGGAUGUUGAGAAAGGCUUCAUGUCAAGCAAAUACAUCUUUGCCCUCUUCAACACUGAACAGAGGAACGUUUACAAAGAUUACCGUCAACUGGAGCUGGCAUGUGAGACCCAGGAGGAGGUGGACAGUUGGAAGGCCUCUUUCUUGCGUGCAGGCGUUUACCCGGAGCGCGUUGGGGACAAAGACAAAGCUAGUGAGUCAGAAGAGAAUGGAUCUGACAGCUUGAUGCAUUCCAUGGACCCUCAGCUGGAGAGGCAGGUGGAGACCAUCCGGAACCUCGUGGAUUCCUACAUGGCCAUUGUCAACAAGACCAUUCGUGACCUCAUGCCUAAAACCAUCAUGCACCUUAUGAUAAACAAUACGAAGGAAUUCAUUCACUCAGAACUGCUGGCAAACCUGUAUUCCUGCGGAGACCAGAACACCCUGAUGGAAGAGUCGGCCGAGCAAGCACAGCGGCGGGAUGAGAUGCUUCGCAUGUACCAUGCCUUGAAGGAAGCGCUCAACAUCAUCGGGGAUAUCAACACCACCACCAUCAGCACGCCCCUGCCCCCGCCGGUGGACGACUCUUGGCUGCAGGUGCAGAACAUACCGUCCGGACGCAGGUCUCCCACAUCCAGCCCUACGCCGCAGAGGAGAGCUCCGGCAGUCCCGCCAGCCAGGCCUGGAUCGCGAGGCCCAGCUCCUGGACCUCCGCCUGCUGGUGGUCCCACUCUGGGUGGUGCGCCUCCUGUGCCCUCUAGGCCAGGAGCCUCCCCGGAUCCUUUUGGGCCUCCCCCUCAGGUUCCCUCGCGGCCCAACCGUGCACCUCCUGGUGUCCCCAGCCGGAAAGGCCCUGCUUCACCUACUCGACCCACCAUAAUCCGACCAGCUGAACCGUCCCUCUUAGACUUAUAACAACCUGAGGCCUGUAGACAGCUGGCGCCAAGCACCGGGCCCCGGGGUCAGGGGUGCACUCACUUGCCCUAGCAACCCAACCCUGCCUUCCCUGUUCCCAUCAUGGCCACAUCGGCUUCCUUCCCUCCCUUUCCCCAUGUUCGUGAAAUGCUCAUUAGUGGUUGAGCUCUUCUUUGUUCUUCUCUCGUGCGUCCUGUAUUGCUUCGUGAGCAUAGAGUAGUCCUAGUUCAGUGGCAUGGGGGACUUGGAAGGACAGAAGCUCCCUGGGGCACAGGGUUAGAGGAGCAUCCAUAUGUGCCAAGGUGGCAGCUGCUGCUUCAACUUACCUGGUCUGGCCUGCGCACGGUGACUGCCCUGGUUACGCGUAGCGUCUAGCGCUCAUCGGUAGCUAUAUAGCUAUUUUGUUUUCCUGCCGUUUACUUAGCAUGGAACACACAUUUUGUGUUUGCUGUUCCUGAUGAGAUGUACACAAAAAGAUACUGUUCAUGUUCUUGAUGGUGUUCCUAUGUGGGUUUGGGGCCUGCCCCCUCUCAAGAAGAGGAGUAACAGAACAAUGGGGAAAAGGUUUACUGAAUGGUGCAUUCUUCCAGACCAAGAAGUCUCUCGUUCUCUCCAAGUGGAAGGAGUCAACACCGUGGGUGACCCUCUUACGUUGGCUUUGGGGAGCUUGUAUUACCUGUUGCCGCUGACUUUUCACAAACCCAGAGAGAGGGGCUAAUGUACCUCCCUCUCCAGAACAAUGGAUUAGCUUAAUAUUUCCAGGAGAGUUUGCUGUGUAAAUGUUUCCUUGCAACUAUCUUUUGCUUCAGACAAAAACAAAAACCAGCACAAAACACACAACGUAUUUGUUGUCUUGAGUAUCCCGGUGAUUCUAGUAUUUACUACUUGCAUGCAGAUGGUACCUAUUUGUAAUGUGAGGGAAAACCUUUGUCUCGCUCCAAGUCUUGACUCAUACUCUUCUUUAUGUACGUGCUGAGAGGUAAAUACAAAAGCAUUUAAAGAGGCGCCUCCAGUUCUGUGUUCCUCUGAGAGCCAAUUUCUGCCACCCUCCUCGCAAGUCUUCAAGUCAUUCCCACUUAAAAUUUUAAGUUCUUUUAACCUGACGCUGUUGCUUUUGAUUUCUGUUGACGAUCCUCUUGACGCUAAGUUCUGAUGUCUGUUCCUUUCCACAUUUUAACUCUUGUUUUACUUUUUUGUCCCUUUGUUACCCCCCCACCCUCUCUCUCUGCCUUUUUUUAUUUUUUUGGUGUUCUUGUCUCCCUUUAAACUCCAGCCGCCCUGGCAAAGCUAGCCCCUCCCGUCCGGAGAGUCCCAAACCACCGUAUGACAUGUAAACCCUGCUCCCUCUUCAGAUCCAUCCUUUAUCUGCCUCUUAGCUGUUCUGUCCUGGAAUGGUUCAACGCACAUCUUUAAAACACACACACAGCUUUGUUCUGUCGUAGCUCGUGGCUUGCACACAUCAGAUGUGACUAGUGAAACUGGUUUUUCUUCCUCCCAGUUGCUUUAAAGGAACUUAAAAGAACAAGUUAAAUUGUAGUAUUGAGAAACAUAUCUUUACUGUUAUAUAAAUAUCUAUAAAUAUCUAUAUAUAUAUAUAAAGAACAAAAUCUAUAUGGUGUCCAAAAGUUCUAAGCCUUUAAUGCUUCCAAUGUUGAUUUUAGCAAAUACUUGAGUAGGAAGAUUAUAUAUAUAUGUAUACAUCUGUACACUUGUGCACCCAACAAAAUAUAACCCAACCUCGGCAGCAAGCCCAAGAUGAUCAGUUCUCUGCUGAACACUGUUGGGUCAUUCUGUUACCCCGAAAUUGUGGGUGAAUCUUCGCAGUGCUGGUAGUACUUGUGAUGCUGUCUGUGAUCUGUCAACUUGUUUAUUCACUGAAAUAAACUAUUAUUUCUGUAAAAUGGAGACUCCAUGCCUAGAAUAAAACUCUCUCUCAGUG